GUUUGGCUGCAGUGCUCGAACGAGGAAGCUCUUGGGCGUCGCUCUCGUCGCGUUUCUUUCGUUGGAACGGCACGACACGAGACGACGAGCGCGCGCGCGAGCGAGCGAGCGCCAGCGCUGGAUUUAAUGCGUACAUCUCGUUUGUUGUUUUGCCUCAGAGACUACUCCCUCUUUCUCUCUGCCUCUCCUCACCCUCCUCCACGCUACAUCAUCGCCCCCUUCUUCUCUACCCCUUCUCGCUUCCCUCACUGCUUCUCCUCUACUGCCCACACCCACCAAGACGACUCAUCUCCAUCGCCAUCAUCGUCAUCAUCGCCAUCGUCAGUGCCUGGGCCUGCCUUCGACCUCCCUCGCUUUUCUAGGGCUCGUUCCUCGCUCACUCGUAGUCAUUCCUCUUCUACGGCUCUGAUAGCCUUUGCGCGCCAGUAUUCGCUUAGAGUAGCUAAGGUCAAGCGCGCAGAGUUUGAUGAUGAUGCUAGCCAGAGAGCGGUUAACACUGCAUUAUGCUGCAACUUUCUUGUCUUCUCUCUCAAGUUUGGGGUGUGGCUUGUGACUUCCAGCCAUGUUAUGCUUGCUGAAGUAGUGCACUCAAUUGCUGAUUUUGCAAACCAGGCACUUCUUGCUUAUGGUUUGAGUAGCUCAAGACGCGCACCAGAUGCUUUGCAUCCUUAUGGCUAUUCAAAGGAAAGAUUUGUUUGGUCAUUAAUAUCAGCUGUUGGGAUCUUCUGCUUGGGAUCUGGUGCCACAAUUGUGCAUGGAUUUCAGAACUUGUGGAGUUCUCAUCCUCCUGAAAAUAUUCAGUAUGCUGCUUUGGUCAUUGGUGGUUCAUUCCUCAUAGAAGGCGCAUCAUUGCUUGUUGCUAUUAAUGCUGUCAAGAAAGGUGCAGCUGCAGAAGGAUUGGAAAUGUGGGAUUAUAUUUGGCGUGGUCAUGAUCCCACAUCAGUUGCUGUGAUGACAGAGGAUGGUGCAGCAGUUACAGGCCUUGCUAUUGCUGCAGCCUCAUUGGUUGCUGUCAAUGCCACAGGAAAUGCUAUUUAUGAUCCAAUUGGUUCCAUCAUUGUAGGAAAUUUACUUGGGAUGGUUGCUGUUUUUCUCAUUCAAAGGAAUCGGCAUGCUUUAAUCGGUAGGGCAAUAGACGACCAUGACAUGAAAAGAGUGCUUGAGUUCUUAAAAUCUGAUCCGGUUGUAGAUGCUUUGUAUGAUUGCAAAAGUGAGGUGAUUGGACCCGGGUUUUUCAGAUUCAAAGCUGAAAUAGAUUUCAACGGUGUUGUUGUGGUGCAAAAUUAUUUAGAUAGAACCGGCCGGGAAGAGUGGGCCAGACAGUUUCGAGAGGCUGCAAAAUGCGAAGAUGAUUGCGAACUUCUCAAGGUCAUGGCAAGUUAUGGUGAGGAUGUAGUUGAAGCUCUCGGCAGUGAAGUAGAUCGUCUCGAAUCGGAAAUUCAGAAGAUUGUACCAGGGAUUCGACAUGUCGAUAUUGAGGCACAUAAUCCAGAAGUUCUAUCUUCAUGAUAUGCACUCAAUCAAAAAGAAUUUA